UCGAACGCGCCGCUGCUCAGCGAUUCGGAAUUGGCGCGAAACAGUUUAAAUUGUAUAAAAAGUUCGACUACCAGCUUUGCACAUAUAUCGCAUAUAGUAUAGACGCUCAAAUAUUUACGAGCUGCAUCGGUUUCGUCGGCGACUAAAAAUGCUAUGAUGUGAUGUUUGCUGAGAGCUGUUCCCAGUCAGCAGAUCUGCCAUAAUGUACCACCCAAUCUGCUAAAUAGGAAGGCCAACACAUAGCGAGGCUCAGAGAUCCGGAGAAAAUAUCAAUCUGGUUACGUGACUGUUGCGAUAGUUCGACAUGCAUUUCAGCAAUGAAACGGAAAUGAGCCAAUGUCCCAAUGCGAAACGUAGAGUAACCGAUCCGUUGUCUGGCCCAAAAAACUGCAGCACUUCGUCCACCGACUCGGGUGUCAUACUGAACGAUAAUGCGGCGACAUUUCGCCCGGAGACGGAGACCAACGAUCGGGGGACGGACAAAGGGCAGUCCCAAUCAAAGUCGGAAGAGAAAACGGAACCCAAGCGUAUCAGCGUUGAGCACACUGUCCAUAUAACAAGCGAAAAUGCUGGAACGACAUCUUCGCCGGCGGUUUCCAUACGGAGCACCACCAUUUCCGUUGUGUCCAUCGAUGAUAAUGCCAUCGAUUCCAGUAGUAUUGCUAGUGAUUCGGAGGCCGAAGCGGAGGAUUAUACCGUCCAGAAGCUGGGUCACCAGGUCACCUACCCGCCCAACAGUUCCCACCUGCGCGACCUCAACCAGGGUCUAACGGUGGUCAGUCGUCAUGUGGCGCCAGCUGAGGCGGCAGCCCCGCCCCCCAAUCCCCUGGAAGCUGGCGUUGUGGCCAAGCAAAUACUGAACGGAAGUCUGGCCCUGGCCACGCCCACCCCGGCGGCGGGAGGUGCCACCCAGGGCAUUGGGAGCAUCGCCCUGACCAACUCCACGGAUGUGACCUUCGGUGAUAAGCACUUCUACGAGGGACCCGUGACGAUACAGCAGUUUCUCAUCGACAACCGGGACAAGUGGAAACCGGGCGAGGGACCAGCCGGUGGACAGGAUAACCCCGCCUUUAAUGGUGCAGCCACCACGAAUGGAAGUGCGCCGGGUUCCAAACAUGACGAUCCGGCGCAAACACCACCACCCCUUUGUCCCUUUUUGCCCAAUACGGUUGGGCGCAAGGCCGUCACAAUUACAGUGGUCUUCGUAACUUUAACCUUCCUGCUGGGAAUCGUACUGGCCACCACCACAAAUCUCUUCGGCAAGUCGGUGAACCAAAGUAAGAUCAAUGAUGACGACGAUUAUACGCAAAAUAUUCCAAUCAAUUCAACAAUAGAUCUGGACAACAUUGGUGGUGGAUUAAUACUGAGGUUCGUGGAGCGCCAGCAAUGGCUGGCACAACCGCCACAGAAGGAGAUUCCAGAUCUGGAGCUGCCCGUGAAACUGGUGAUAGUCUUGCCCACAAACUCGGAAAAUUGCUACACCCAGGCGCAGUGUGUGCUCCCAGUUCGACAGCUACAGUCCUACGACAUAGAAUCGUUGCAGAAGUCGGAUAUUGCCUACAACUUUCUGAUUGGCGGCGAUGGAAAUGUAUAUGUGGGUCGCGGCUGGAAUAAAAUGGGCGCCCACAUGAACAACUCCUUCUAUGACUCCAGGAGUCUAAGCUUCGCCUAUAUCGGAUCUUUUAAGACGCUCCAGCCGUCGGAGAAGCAACUCAGUGUGACUCGUCUCCUGCUGGCACGUGGCGUGAAGCUGGGCAAGAUUACACCCGACUACCGAUUUACGGCGAGCAGUAAAUUGAUACCAACUGUUACCGAUUUUAAGGCGGAUGCGCUGUACAACAGUUUUGCCAACUGGACUCAUUGGUCCCGUCAACAGAAAUCAACAAUAACCGGACUUGCGCGAUCGGGUUCGCCUCAGUUCAGUUGGCAUCGGACGUUCGUCUUGCGAAGAUCGAUCUCGGUUGUGGGUAGUGCGGUUUCAUCAAAUCAUCACAAGAUGCCGAAAACAGCGGCAGUUACUCUCCCAGAAGAACCGACAAUUAACGCGAAAAGAUUUCGCUUGGAGCUUCUCUAUCUCUGUGUAGUGCUGCUCAUGGUUGUGGCUUUAGCAGCUGGCUAUUUCACGUGGAUGAUGUCCCACUCAACAAGUUCGCCAAACAAGGGCCUACACAUACUCGAUCGCAGCGAAUGGCAGGGGGAACCACCCAGUGGGAAGUACCCGCACCUCAAGCUUCCCGUCUCCAAUGUGAUCAUACACCACACGGCAACCGAAGGAUGCGAUCAGGAGGAUGUUUGCAUAUACCGCAUGAAGAUCAUUCAGGCGUUCCAUAUGAAAUCUAUGGGUUGGGUCGACAUCGGCUAUAACUUUUUGGUGGGCGGCGAUGGUGAAAUCUACGUGGGACGCGGCUGGCACAUCCAGGGUCAGCAUGUGAAGGGAUACGGUGCCAUCUCCGUGAGCAUAGCCUUUAUCGGAACCUUUGUGAAUAUGGAGCCGCCAGCACGACAAAUCGAAGCAGCCAUGCGACUGAUGGACGAGGGCGUACGUCUUCAUAGAUUGCAGCCAGAUUACCAUAUAUAUGCCCAUCGUCAACUUAGUCCCACCGAAAGUCCUGGUCAGAAGCUUUACGAGCUGAUGCAGAACUGGCCUCGAUUCACGCAGGAUGCAACAUCAUUGCGACUGCUAAGCAAUGAGACUUUGAAGCUCGUUACCCGACCUUAUUGGUUGGCCCAGCCACCUAUAGGGCCACUUACUCCUUUGAAGCUUCCAAUUGAGAGCGUAAGAUUUGUGGCCACCAACACUCCAUCGUGUUCCACUCAAGCCGAGUGCACUCUUCGUGUGCGCCUCUUGCAAAACUGGCAUAUUGACAGCAAUGGAUAUAAGGACAUUAACUAUAAUUUCGUGGCGGCUGGGGACGAAAACAUCUACGAGGCCAGAGGCUGGGAUCACAGCUGUGAACCUCCAAAGAAUGGAGAUGAACUAGUCGUGGCCUUUGUUGGUCCUUCAAGUAGCAAUAAAAAGAUAGCCUUAGAACUAAUUAAACAUGGCAUCAAACUGGGCCAUAUAAGCAAGAACUAUAGUCUUAUUGACGAUUCAGAAAAGUAAUAGA